AGCCUCCCAUUCUUUUCUUUCUCUCUAGAAAUAAUAUUCUUCUUCUCCACCAAGUUACCAGCUUUUUAUUAUCGUUUCUGGUCUAUUUCUAUCAAAACCCUAAUCUUCCUCUCCCGCUCUCCUAUUGCCUCCCAGCGUUUGCAGAUCUUACCACCUCUCUCUCUAAUUUGCCUUUUAAUCCAAUCUCUUCUCUCCCAGCUUGAGCUUGUGAAGGUGAUUUUUGAGAUUCCCUUUUCCGGGUAAAAUUCAAGUACUUAGAGAAGGUUAUUAUUGUUUAAAAGUUGGAGGUCUGGGUCUCAUGAGAAUUGUUAGGGGAAUGCAGAGAUUGUUUUGUGGCAACGAGGAGCUGAACGCACUGGGCUGGAAGAAUUCCUUCAGCCAAGGGAUUGGCAUCACUACGCCCAAAGCAAGAACACGCGACAAACCCAUGAUUACUAGGGUCUUGUUCUAUCUCUAAUUCUGGGUCAUUUGGGGACGAGAAUCGGUGUUUGAUUUCAAUAAUCGAGAACAAUAAACAUUGAAACCAAUGACUCGGAUUUUGGUUCAACGAGGCAGCAGUUCUUCUUCAAACCAGAGCCGAGCAGGGUCCUCUUCAGCUGCUCGACCAGAGACACAGGUUACAGUUACUACUCAGGUCUUUUCAUCUCUGAAAGAUGAGAUAAUUGGUGAUGAGCCACAGGAGCUUCAUAUUGAUGAGCUCUUGGAGUAUUGCGGGAACAGUGACAACAAGCCAUCAAAGAGUGAUGAUCUUUUAAUGGAAGGUUUACAUGGUGAUAGGAAUGAGAGUUUGAGUGAUGAAACUGUAGAUACUGAGAAAAUAGUUGAUACUGAGCGUGUUGGAUCAGGGGACUUGAUAAAAGAAUUGGGUGGGUUGAGGAUAGUGGAGAGGCCUGCUGCUGAGGGUGAAGGUUGUAGCAGUGUUUUUCCAGAGGUUACCAGUGGAAGUGCACAACCACCACCCCCUCCCGUGCCACCUCCAAAACCUCUGGCACCAAAUUCAAAUUCAAAUUUGAGGAGGUUUGCAUCGGGGAGUUCCAAUUCUGUGCGAAUUGGAUCAUCUAGAAGAGCAGUUGCUUGGCCUGUUGUUUCUAGUAGGACUUCACCAUCUGGGUCACGGCCCUCCUCUCCUAGGUCACAUGGUGAUACUGAGGGAUAUAAUAGUGCUGAUGAGCAGAACCCUUGCUUUGUUUCUUCCUACGAUGAUUUGGAAAGAGAACGCCAAUUUGAGAUUGACAUAAGGCGGUCUAAAGGAUUAGAAGUCAAAAAAAUGUUGGAGGAUGGGAAUUGUCUCUUUCGUGCUGUGGCAGAUCAAGUUUAUGGAGAUCCUGAAGCAUAUGAUUUGAUUAGACAAAUGUGCAUAGAUUAUAUGGAACGAGAGAGGGACCACUUUUCUCAGUUUAUAACAGAAGGUUUUACAUUCUACUGUAAGAGGAAGAGAAGAGAUAAGGUGUAUGGGAACAAUGUGGAGAUCCAGGCUUUAUCAGAAAUGUAUAACCGGCCAAUACAUAUUUACUCCUACAGCACAGAACCUAUCAACAUAUUUCAUGGAAGCUACAGCACUGAUACACCACCCAUAAGGCUAAGUUAUCAUCAUGGUAAUCAUUACAACUCUCUUGUUGACCCACGUCGACUGGCAAUUGGUGCGGGGCUUGGUUUCAGCUGUCUUCGAGGGACGAAUGUGGACAAGGAUCAGGUCAAAGCUGCAAUCAAAGCCCAACAGGAUCAGCAGAUUGAUAAUGCACUUUUAGCAGAGGGGAGAUUUUACUCGGAUCUUGAGCUUACUGAGAAGGAGAUUGAACGAAUGGUUAUGGAAGCUUCUCGUGCAGAGUAUCUUGCCAAUGACAAGCUGAUUCAGCAGCUUGGUCACAAAGAAUCUUCUACUUCUGGUGCUGAACCAUCAUCUUCUGGAGCUAGAUCAUCAGGCAGUGAGACGAAGGUUAGAGCACGGAGUUUACAGGAUAGUGUUCUCAGCAGUAGUAUGCAGAUGGUUCUGUCGAUGGGAUUCAGCUAUCUGCAAGUGAUCGAGGCUUACAACAUAUUUGGCGAUGAUGUGGAUUCGAUGGUUUGUUACCUAUUGGAAACUGGCAGUAGCAGGCGCAAAGGCAAAGCAACUGAAUGAUCAAGCCACUGGCAUGUCAGAAGUAGAAGUUGCACUUUGUCCCAGGAUUAAAUUGCCUUUCUCAAUGCAACUCAAGUGAAAAAGUGAAAACCUAGUCCGAUUCAAACAGCCGCUGUUGCUAAGACUUUAAAAUAUGUUAACUUGGUAGUUAAAUCAAUAAAAUGGAGCACAGGAGAACUAGUUUAUGCUAAAUUUAUUCUCAUAGCUCUGUCCGCUGUGCUUGAAAUAUUUUUUAUGAACAAUGAUGUCUUCAAUUCUAGGCAGCCACAACUUGGACUCGCGAUUCUUGCAUUGUUCCUGUCGGGUGGAAAUUCUUACAUAUGAAAUGGUUGGUGUUUGUACUA